AUGGAAGCUCCUACUACUUCACGUUUAAAAAUUGCUAAAAGAAUUCUUCGCUACAUCAAAGGUACAAUUAAUUAUGGUAUCUUGUAUGCUUUCUUGGAUGACUUUAAGCUUAUUGGCUAUUAUGAUUGUGAUUGGGCUGGUGAUAUUGAUAGUCGAAAAAGUACUGCGGGGUUUAUUUUCUAUAUGGAAAAUUCAUCUUUGACUUGGAAUUCUAAGAAGCAACCUAUUGUGACUCUUUCUACUUGUGAGGUCGCGUAUGUAGCUGCUACUUCUUGUAUAUGCCAUGCUGUUUGGCUAAGGAGUUUGUUGAAGGAAUUGAAUUUGUCACAAGAAGAUUUAACGGAGAUUUAUGUUGAUAAUAUAUCUGCAAUUGCAUUAACCAAGAAUCCAGUGUUUCAUGAAAGGAGCAAGCAUAUUGAUAUAAGGUAUCAUUGUAUUCAAGAUUGCAUAUCGAAGGAAGAAGUGAAGCUCAAGUAUGUGAAGUCACAAGAUCAAGUUGCCGAUAUCUUCACAAAACUGUUGAAAUUUGAUGUUUUCAAGAAGUUGCAUUUUUUACUUGGAGUAAUGAAUUUGGUUUAA